CACGAAAACAUAUAGGCCUGGAAAAGUUUAUUUUUCUAUUAUAGUUAAGGGUUCUUCAACUAAGACAAACAUGGGUUUUUCGGUAGUUUCUGCAAACAUUGGGGCUUGAGUCUGUGGUAUUUGUGACCAUCCACCAUCCUGCCCACAACCCCUAGCAAAACUUAACAUCCUUUGAAGCUAAAAACAUGUAUUAUUGCACCUAGUGGUCAUACUAAACAUACUGUAGCAUAGCACCAUAUUGGAUCAACUUAAUUUGUGCAUUCUUUUACAAAUCAGGUGUCCCUAAAAUGCAAAUAAUUCAUUACUUUUUGUAAUGUAAUUUUUUAGGUUUUAAUUUAUGUAGUGGUGGUGAGAAGAGGUGGAAAGUUGGGUAAGUUAAAACAAAUGGUUAUUUGAGACAACCCUUGUUUCUAGGCAAUCACACACAAAAUGAAGUAUGUUUAGGUAGAGGUCAUCAUUACAUUGUUAUGAAUGUCACAUGAAAUGGAAAAGCUUUUUGGGAAGACAAUUGCAAAUGUCUGUGAGAUACUAAGUCUUAAAACAAUUUCAGUGAAAAGGGUUAGCUAAAAAUAAAAUGAUUUAAUUUCCCAUUAUUACUUUAGAGGGGAAAUCUGUCUGUUAUGGAUGUUACACUCUCUGUUAUCAAAGUUACAGACUUCUAAAAAUAUUGCAAACUGAACAUGAUAUUUAACCAUGAUGGUGUGAUAAGAAGCAGACUGGCCGGCUUUGACAAUUUGAAAAUGUUUGCAAUUUCCGCAGUACUUCUUGGACUGGUGUAUACAUGUAGACUCCUAUUCGUUCUUGUACUGGUGUAUACAUGUAGACUCCAAUUCGUUCGUGUACUGGUGUACACAUGUAGACUCCUAUUCAUUCUUGUACUGGUGUACACAUGUAGACUCCUAUUCGUUCUUGUACUGGUGUAUACAUGUAGACUCCUAUUCAUUCUUGUACUGGUGUACACAUGUAGACUCCUAUUCGUUCUUGUACUGGUGUAUACAUGUAGACUCCAAUUCGUUCUUGUACUGGUGUAUACAUGUAGACUCCAAUUCGUUCGUGUACUGGUGUAUACAUGUAGACUCCAAUUCAUUCUUGGACUGGUGUACACAUAGACUCCUAUUCAUUCUUGGACUGGUGAAUACACUUAGACUCCAAUUUGAUUACCAAAUUAGUUUGUUAUUGGUAAUGUUUAUUGGUGUUUUAAUUGUACUUAAGUGGCAGAUUUAUUUUUCGUAUGCUGGAAAGGUGUUAUUUUCUAGUAAGUUAAAGAGGUGGAAGUAUGCCAGUCAUUUAGGGAAGUGUGGGGUAAGUUAAAACGAAGGGUUAUUCAUGCUAAGAGACUUGGAAAUAUGUACUUUUCUUGUAAGUUGAAGAGGUGGAAGUACACUAGUCAUUUAGGGUAGUGUGAGGUAAGUUGAUACAAAGGGUUUAUUUGAGACACACCUGUUAUUUUGGUCAGGCGGUUGUCAAACAAGGCUUCCUUAGCCAGUUGCACUGCAGCGAUUCCAUGUGGUAGGUUGGACGUCUGCAAAGUUGUUGGCCGAAGAAUGUGUCUACCUCCAGCUUCUGUGUUGGCAUAAACUUCCCAGUGGAAGUAACAUUGUGGAAGUAACAUUGUGAUAAGAAGCAGAAUGGCCUGGCAUUUGAAAGUUUUUGCAAUUUCCAUAGUGCUUCCUCGACAGGUAUAAACUUAAUCCAAUUUGUAUUUUCAAUUUCAUUGUAUUAUUGGGGAAAAGAAUAAUCGUACUAAAGUGGCAAAUUAUUUAUCUCAUGGUAAGAGUUACUUUGUUUAAUCAACUACAUUCUUGUCAUCAAUAGUGACUGAUCCCUAGCUCAACGUGACAGGAAGUGUGUGAAAUGCAAAAAAACAAAUAUCCAUUUCACAUCUUCAAACCUGUAGAACAUGUGAUGAUUGUAUCUUGUGAUACUUACCCUACCCUAACCAACAUCCACUAUGUGUAUGCAAUUGAUACAAUUUCAAAAAUUGCCUACAAAUUGUCACAUCGAAAUAGUAUCCCUGCCCUACACAACUGGUCAAUAAAUUUACACUGAACAGAUCUAUUUGAGUGCAGGCAAAAACCCAACCCUUAUUUUGGAAAUUUAAGCCAGGUUUUCAGAACUUAUUUACAGUAGAAUACAAUUCUGGUUAUUUUCAGGGACACUUAACUAAGUACAUAAUUUUUAUAGAAAUAAAAAUUACUAUUUCACUAGCUGAUGGUGAACGAUUAAAAAAAAAGGGGGAAAAUUGCUCAAUUUACCCCAGUCCCCCCUAACCAAUCCAUAAUGCCUACUGAAGUCUGUGCAGCCACAGAAUUUGCCGAACUGGAGAGAUACGCGUUAAUUAUUAGCUGUUCAUUUACAGAAAUGCAAGAAAUGUUAUGUCUGAAAACAAAAAGCUAAAUAUUGCUGGAAACUGAAACUGUGUAGUUAAGUUUGAAUAGAUGUCUAUAAACGAAAUCUAGGUCGAAGACCUCUGCGUUAGCAAGCUAACGUUAGCUUUUACCUUCUCGUUUUCAACCAGUGGUCAGCUAGCUACAGUACCCGAAUUAGCUAGACAUGCUAAUUGGACCGUGGUGCACUUCAAGCUUGAGUUGAGACACUGCACGGCUUGGGGAGUCCUGCAAGACGGCGAAGUAAAACCACCCAAACAAAGAAUUUGCAUCCCUCAGAUAACCUUACACAUCCAAGGACGCCUGCUAACUGCGUGGAUACAACUUCAGAACCUCCGAGCAGCUCCAUGAGUUUAUAAAGUGUAGCCACCCGGCCCCGUUGUGGCCCAUGCUCCAUACCCCCUGCCCUCCCUUCCUUCCCUCCCCUUCAAGCUGACACAGAAUCGACAGGCACCCUCCCGGCACCACCUACCCAUCCACCCCGUCCCGCAUCCUCAGGCAAUGGCGUCGGGCACAGAGACCGUGCACUACAUUCAUCUGCACAACUCCAGCCAGUCCGUGCUGGAGGCUUUGCGCUCACAGCGGCGCGAGGGCCUCUUUUGCGACGUGACAGUGCGCAUCCACGACGCCUCACUGCGCGCCCAUGCCUGCGUGCUGGCCGCCGGCAGCCCCUUCUUUCAAGACAAGCUGUUGCUCGGCCACUCCGAAAUCUCAGUGCCGCCGCUGGUCCCCGCCGAGACGGUGAAGCAGCUGGUGGACUUCAUGUACAGCGGCUCACUGGUGGUGCUCCAGUCGCAGGCCCUCUGCAUCCUCACCGCAGCCAGCAUCCUUCAGAUCAAAACGGUCAUUGACGAGUGCACCCAGAUCAUCUCCCAGAGGAAGGUGGCUGCCGCGGCAGCAGCCGCGGCGAGCGGAGCCGGCACCGGAGGAGGAGGGGGGAUGGCUGGCGGAGUCCUGCCCAAGGUGGAGGAACGGGGAGGGGGUAAGGGGAGGGAGAGCGGGGGAAGUUGUGCCGCUGGCGGCGGGGGUUACCAGAGCUUCUCUAAUUUUGCUCUGGGGGACUGUGGGGCCAGCAACAUGGGCGCGGGCCUGGGCGGCGUCAGCGUUAAUGUCAGCGAGAGUGGCCCCGUGGGCACCCUAGAGCAGACUAACCCGGUUGGGCUGAUGGCUCUGGCGGACAUGGGCUCCGGGUCCCAGUGUGGGGCCGAUGGGCAGAGCUCAGUUCUCAUGAAGAACUCCGGUUGCACACAGGAGGUGAGGUACAAGCUGAGGGACCUGCUAGCGGCGACCGCAAACGGUGCCAACGCAGAGACCUCAGGAAACCUCUCGGCCGGCAGCAGCUCUGGUAGUGGGAGCCUCGACAGCAUCGGCCGGGACAGCAUCCGUAGCAACACGGCGGACAUUUCAGAGGAGCUUGUUGGGAUGGAUCGAUAUAGCGAAGAGGAGGAGAUAGAUGGACGGGAUAGAGGGAGGGAUGUGGAAAGGGACAGAGGGCCAGGAGGUCACAGCCGCAAGCAGAGGCAGCCACUCAGGCUUCAGGUCCUUGGAGGAGAGGAAGUGGUGGUGAAGAAUGAAGGAGUGCAGGAGUCUGACGGAGGAGUCUUCUCCUUGGAGGAGGGAAGACGUGUCGGAGAGCAAGAAGGCACACAGGAAUCCAUGGCCAACUUUGGCCAGGAGGGUGUCUUUUAUGAUGAGCCUGGAGUUUUUUCCCCUGAGGCUUUCUGGCCACAGAGUGAGCCAGCUCAGGCCAUGUCCUUCAACCCAAGAGGAAGAGUAAAUAAGCCAAUGUCUCCCCCUACCUCCACACAGUCCAUCAACAACCAGCUACUUUUUCAGUACCCAGUCAGCCAAUCACAGCAGUCAGCCUCAUUCUUUGUGGGUGGGCCUAUAGUGAUUGACAGCAUGGCUGGAACGGAGCCCAGCCAACAAGGUCAGGGUCCACCCUCUGCGCCAAUGACCCCAGCUCCACCUUCAUCAACCUGUGGCACACCUGGCCCCUCCCCCUCAUCCCAGGGAUCUGAGACUUCCUUUGACUGCACUCACUGUGGGAAGUCGCUACGUUCCAGGAAGAACUAUAGCAAGCACAUGUUCAUACACUCCGGUCAAAAGCCUCACCAGUGCAGCAUCUGCUGGCGUUCCUUCUCCCUGCGUGACUACCUGCUCAAGCACAUGGUGGUGCACACGGGAGUGCGCGCCUUCCAGUGCUCCGUGUGUGGCAAGCGCUUCACCCAGAAGAGCUCGCUCAAUGUGCACAUGCGCACUCACCGGGCGGAGCGCACCUUCCAGUGCACGGUGUGCCACCGGGCCUUCACCCACCGCACCCUGCUGGAGCGCCACGCCCUGCAGCACGCCCACCACGCCGGGGUCCAGGGGCAGGGACAGGGACAGGGACGGGCGCUCCAGGUGACCCCCAAACACAGCCCUCAAGCCCUGGCAGGGCCCUCGGGCAUGGGGGCCUCCGCCGGUAUGGGCGGCGGCAUGGCUAAUAUGCCAAACCAUGGGCCACCCUCCUAGAGUGAGAGAGUGAAGGGCCCGGUCCCAGACUGAUCUGUCAGCCCUAUCCCGGACCCAUGUGUUGAUCUGAGAGGAUUGCUAGGUAAGAGCACCUUGGUGGAAACUCCAUCUAGCCGCAUCGGAUGCUAGGUAGAGGCUGCACCAUAUUUCUUACACCUAGGUAGUCUAUUAAAUUAUGAAAGAGGCAGUUGUCUAUCAGUUCCGAAAAUAGGGAGGAGAAGUGGUUUGAGAUUGGGAAAGAAGAUGAGCGGGAAAAGGGAGAGUGGGAGAAAUCUGCGGGGGGACUUUUUCAAGAUAUUGAUGCGGGGGGGAUAGAGAGACCAACAAGUGCAAGACAGUGAGAAAGUAGAGGAGAGCAAGCCAAGAAAAAUAGAUGCAGGAGGAGGAACAGACGAAGAAAGCAAAUUAAUGAGUUACCAUUACAGAUCAAGACCGAUGUCGUAGUAACACUAUAAGUACAGGAGCCACUGGAAAACCAGGAUCAUAUACCUCUAAACAGGAAGAGACGGGAAAUUUAAGGACUUUUACUUUAAAACGUGACAAGAAACGUUUCAGCAUGUUUUACACAUCUAAAAAAUUACCUCUGCGGUCCAAAGACAGGCAUUAUGCUACACACAUUUAAUAAAUGCAUAAAAAAAAGCAAAACAGCUACAUGAAAUCUCUUACUUUUUAAACCUACCUAAAGAAAAAUAUAUAUAAUUUUCAUUUACAUUGUUGAUAUGCUACAAGUUUGUUAUUGUCACUCAUUUGUAAUUAUUUGAUUAAGAAAAAAAAAUAAGCCAGAUAACAAAAAAAUUGAAUAAAGAUUUUUCAGCUUAGGUGAAACUUGGUUGGUUAAAUGAGAAACAAGGCUUUUUAAUUCAUGUGUGCUUAUUUUGUGUGCUUGUGGGGAGCUUGCCAGUGAAUAGGAAGGUUCGUUACAGAGAACUAUCAAAUGUUUCUCCAACAGCUUAAUACAUUUUUUUAAAUGUUUUUAGUGUAACUAAAUAAAUCAUGAGGAAAUACAAUCACCCACAGUCGAUUUGACAAGAAGUGGAUGCUAUGCUAAUGUUAUGACCAUGUUAAUAUUUAUUUACAAUUUGAAAAUGAUCACUAUGCACAAUACAUUUUUGCACAUUGUGUAGUUUAAUUCAGCUUUAUAUAUUGUCCUGGCCUAUAUAUUUCCUCAGAGAUAAAGAUAUUUACCAUAAGAUUACCCAUUUAUGACUUACAGUCAUUAAGACAGAAUGUUUUGGUUAUUUAAAAAAAAAACAAAUAUUUCCCACCUUAAAGGUGAUGUUUAGAAAUAAAAUAGUAUAGACUCUACUAAACCUAAAGGCUAGAUCAGCCAGUGAGACCAACAAAGACACUUUAAGAUCCCUUCUUGCUUCACUAUAAAUAUUGUAAAAUGUCCCUACAGUGAGGGCACAUUCUGCUUGUUCAUAAGAAUAUCCUUUAGCUGGUCAAGGUUCAGCUUAUUCACUAGGUUAUCUGAAUCUACUAAAGCUCUAUUAAUAGGAACUAUUGAUCUAUAAAUAGUUUAUUGAUCAGACAAAUCUGUGCAGUCUAUUUUAACAAGUAGGUGAUUAGGCUGUUCCAGAGAAGUUGAUAUCCUCAUUGACUCUCAAUAGUUUUAGUGCAUUUGAUCUUAAGUGGACCCAUGUACAGUACUGUAUUAUGUGUGCUUGAAGCCAUGUAAAAAAAAAAAAAAAAA